AUGGAUUCCAAGCCCCCAAGCAAGCCUCCUCCUUCAGCGGUCGCCCCCACCACCAAGCUCAAGCCAAAGCGGAAGAGGAAAUCUCCGGCGGUUCCAUGGAAGAAACCCAAGGACAUGCCUCGUAGACCCCUUAGCGCCUAUAAUCUUUUCUUUCGCCGAGAACGAGAGACUAUGUUGAAUGAGGGAUGGUCAUCUACAGCUCCAGGCUCGUCAACCUGUAAAGAUCAGAGCACAGGGGCACAUGCUGAUGCAGAUGGCGAGGAAAAGGCAAAGACAGGAAUCGGGUUUGCAAAUCUUGCCAGAACGGUCGCAGCCAAAUGGAAAUCUCUACCGGCAGAAGAGAAAGCGCCAUUCGAGCAGGAAGCUGCAAGAGAAAAGGCCCGUUACGAUUCUCAAAUGCUAGGUUGGCGAGCAGAACAGGAGCAAAAGAAGGCACGCAAAGCAGGGAGCACCCAACAGAUGAUGAACUCUCUAAUAAGUGGCCCGGCCCUCCAAGCGUAUGCCACCCACCUAGCGGCAACACAACAUCAUCACCGGCAGCAGCAGGGUUAUCCUGAGGAUUGGUUUCAAACCACAGACCACCCCACCCCAGAGAACACUGUCAAUGAUGCACAGCAUAUAUUUGGAAUGAAAGAACACCAGCAGCUGAUGGGUUUGGGGGGACACCAGCGGAUGAUGGGCAUUGGGGGGCACCAGCAGCUGAUGGGUUUGGGGGGGCACCAGCAGUUGAUAGGCUUGAAGGACCAACAGCAGCAGCUAAUGGGAAUGAAAGACGAACAGCAUCGAUCGCUGUUGGCACAGCAAGAGCAACUUUACCUGCAGACUCACCGAAGUGCUACGGAUGGAGUAUACGCGGCUGCUAGUCUCCCCCAAGGCAGAGACUCGUCUGGGGGCGCUUCCAGUUUGCGGCAAGAGUUCGUCGAGCAACAAGGAGGGCCGGCGGCACUGGGAACGGGGUUAGCGAGGGCAAAAGAUUCCAAUCUACAAAGCCAAAAAAUGUCGUCUCUUUUCACAUCCACAGAUCCUACUCUUCAAGGGUCAUACAUACCGCGCAACCCGGGUUCAUUGCUUGAGCUUCGAUCAGAGGACUUUGGUCCCGCGAGGAGACCAACAUUGUUUGAGCAGAGAGCAACGACGGAGGGGCUCUCUGGAACAUACGAGCCUUCGCCACGAGAGUUCGGAGAUGAAUCUAGCUUCACGGCUGGUUUAAUUCAGCAAUCCUUUUGGGGCGCUCCAGCCUCCCGACAGCCAGCUUACCGCCCGUUCCCGGAGGAGCCACCACGUAUGCCGAGAGUUGAGCACAGAUCAUCGAUAGGGACGCCAUACCAAAUUCCCCAUAGAGCCUCUCUGGAACAGCCACAUCGCAUGGCGCGUAGCCAGUCAUUUCCCUCCGCUUCGUCAAUGUACACGAGUCCAAAGCCUUCUCCUGAGCAAACUGUUGGAAGAGCAUCGCUUGAUAGCCGGGGCGCUACUGGACUGGAGACUCCAUUGACGCCAUUAUUGAAGCCGUCGCUUCCGCACCAGUCUCCCUAUUCCAAUGCACAAAACAUGUUAAACUCGCCCAACCUGGUUCCAACACCACCUCAUCAUGGGGAUGCCUUGAGUAAUUCACCCCGAGAUGGCAUUGGGAUAGCACGCCCGCUUAGUGAGCCACCACCCUCGUUCCCGGGUGACGAGGAGUUUCAAUCUAUCGAUGUUCGCUACCAGAACCGACAGAGAUACACUCAACCGAGCACUUCUGACCAACCGAUUGUGCCGAUCGUCCCGAUCGUGCCCCGUCCACAGCGUGAAGGUGGCAAUGGCAUGAGCGACAUUAGAUUAUGCGAAGAGAUGGCAGCUGAUUUUAGCGCGUUACGAAACCAGCCGACGAACCAGACGAAUCCUUCGUCCUUGUUUCAGGCAACCUUCGAGGCUCUUGGGUCAACAUUUGACAAUGAAGGCGUUGAUUUUCUUUCCAACCUUGAGUUUGAAGAAUAA